AUGGCAUCGGGCAUAGUUGCCCGCGCGUGGAAGCAGGCGCUGCGGGAUACGGACAGGAUGAUCGACGAGUUCACGACCAAGUUCCAGGACCUCUACGCCGACUUUCGCAACAACGGGAUCCUCCAAACCCAGCUCCUGUGUAUCCGGAGCAAGGACGACCUCGCGGGGAUGCGCGACGCAAUCGAAGUGCGGGACAUCCCCUACGCGCCCGGGGCUGGCUGCCAGCCGUCCAAGACCUGCCUGCCCGGCACGCGCGAGGGCCUGCUGAGCGACAUCGCGCAGUGGGUCAACGGCGGCGGCGGCGGCGGCGGCGACAAGCGGGUCCUCUUGCUCACCGGGGGAGCGGGCACCGGCAAGUCGACCGUGGCGCAUACCGUCGCGCGCUGGUUCAGGGACCUCGGCCGGCUCGGGUCCUCCUUCUGCUUCUCGAGGGCGGAGGCGGCUGCGCGGGGGCCGUCCGCGCUCUUUGGCACUGUGGCCAGGGAUCUGGCGGAUCACGUCCCGCGCGUCAGGGAGCGGCUUUCGACGCUGGACACUGCGGCGCGCACUACUAGGGAUAUCGCAGAUCAGUUUGAGCAGUUCCUGCUGAAGCCUACGAGCGGGCUGGAUAUCUUGGGGCCUAUUGUCAUCGUCGUUGAUGCCCUGGACGAGAGCGGAGACGUGUUCGCCCGGAGGCCCGUCCUCGACAUCUUUGCCAACAAGAGCCACCUUCUCCCAUCCAACUUCCGCAUCAUCCUCACUUCUCGUCCAGAGCAAGAUAUCAUGGCGGCAUUCAAGCACUCUGCCCAUGUGGAGCGUAGGAGCAUGGAGGAUGUUCAAGAUACGCAUCAGGAUAUCUUGCUGUACAUCAAGACGCAGUUGACUCCUGGGCUGCAGGAGUCUGAUUGUGAAGAGCUGGCUGGGCUUGCUGGGAGGCUCUUCCAGUGGGCCUUUGUCGCUUGCAAGUUUAUCACGGAUCCAAAGCCGGCGGGGAUCAAUUACCAGGCCAGAUUCCACAGGAUCGUCCCUGAUGCCUCACGCAAGUCCACCCAGACCCUGUAUGGGCUGUACAAGACAGUCCUCACUGAGCUGUUUGUGAUCAAUGGCAUGGACACCGAUGAACAGGAGAAUAUCACCAGGAACUUCCACAGUGCUGUUGGUCCUGUCCUGGCCUCAUACAGGCCGCUCUCCAUGAUGAGCUUGGCUGUGCUGCUGUCACCAUCUGGUACUCGAGAAAGUAUUGCAUCUACCUUGGGUGAUAUCCAGUGUGUUCUGGAGUUUAUGGGCUCACUCUUGGAUGGGGUUACUGCUGGCACCGACACACCAAUCCAGCCCCUGCACAAGUCCUUCUAUGACUUCCUGACAAGUCAGGAGUCUGCUGGAAUGUUUUUCAUUGAUCUCCCGUACCACCAUGGGAGAUUAUGUCAAGGAUCAUUGUUCAUCAUCGACACUCACCUCAGGUUCAACCACUGCAAGCUCAAAACAUCCCACAAGCGCAAUGUUGACCAGGAGUAUGAACAGCCAUCUGCUGAAAUUGCAUAUGCUUGCCAGUUCUUUGGAAGCCACCUUGAGCAGUUCUGGAGGUCACAACAUACCUCUAUCAGGCCACCUCAAUUGACUCACAUGGUGGAUGAUUUCCUGAAGAAGAAGCUGCUAUGCUGGUUUGAAAUUCUUAGCAUACUUGGCAGGGUGAAUGUUGCACGCCAGACAUUACUUCAAGUGGCUAAAUGGAUAGAGCCAUACCACCCAGGCCUAGCAGAAUUGGCGCAGGAUGCAGCCCAGUUCAUUCUCUACUUUGCCAAACCCAUAACAGAGUCAGCACCCCAUAUCUAUCUUUCAGCCAUACCAUUUGCACCAGAGGCUUCUCUUGUGGCCCAGCACUAUCAAGCAUCUGUGCUCAACACACUCCAGGUGGAAGUAGGCAAACUGAAGAACUGGCCUGCUCAGCAGCUGGUGAUCCAAGGACAUAAAUCUGGAGGCCAUGAAUUUCCAGUCAGAUCUGUUGCCUUCUCUCCUGAUGACAGGCACAUUGCCUCGGGAUCAAAUGACAGGACGAUCAGGCUCUGGAAUGCUCAAACAGGAGAAGCAGUGGGUGAGCCUCUCAGAGGCCAUGAAUAUUCUGUCCAGUCUGUGGCCUUCUCUCCUGAUGGAAAGCAUAUUGUCUCUGGGUCAGAUGACAGUACUGUCAGGGUCUGGGAUGCUCAGACUGGACAGGCAAUGAGUGAGCCUCUCAGAGGCCAUGGGUAUUCUGUCAGAUCGGUGGCCUUCUCUCCUGAUGGCAAGCAUAUUGUGUCUGGAUCAGAUGACAACACAAUCAGGGUAUGGGAUGCUUGUACUGGACAGGCAGUUGGUGACCCUCUCAAAGGCCAUAAAGCUUCAGUGAGAUCUGUGGCCUUCUCCCCUGAUGGCAAGCACCUUGUGUCUGGAUCAAGUGACAAGACAAUCAGGCUAUGGGAUGCUGAGACAGGAGAGGAGAUUGGUGAGCCUCUAAGAGGGCAUGAGUCUUCUGUCAGUUCUGUGGCCUUCUCUCCUGAUGGCAAGACCAUUGUAUCUGGGUCCCAUGACAAGACCAUUAGGCUAUGGGAUGCUCAAACAGGAGAUGCAGUGGGUGAGCCCCUCAGAGGCCACAAAUAUUCUGUCCAGUCUGUGGCCUUCUCUCCUGAUGGAAAGCAUAUCCUCUCUGGGAUGCACAUUCCAGAUGCCAUGAGGGUUCCAUCUGUGGCCUUCUCUCCUGAUGGCCAGCAUAUUGUCUCUGGAUCAGAUGACAAGACAAUCACCUUGUGGGAUGCUCAUACAGGAAAGCCCAUAGGUGACCCACUCAAAGGUCACAAUGACUGCAUCACUGCUGUAGCCUUCUCUCCUGAUGGCAAGUACAUUGUGUCUGGAUCAGAUGACUGCACAGUCAGGGUGUGGGAUACUCUAACAGGACAGGCAGUCGAACAAUUCAGGAGUACUUCAAUCCAUGAUGAUGGUUGGCUGAUAAGUCCCCAGGGAGACCUUCACUUCUGGAUUCCUCCUCUGCACCUCAAAGGAUUCUUCAGGGCAGCCAAUACAGCUGUCAUAUGUGAACACCCCACAAGAGUUGCAUUUAAGCAGUUUGUCCAUGGGGACAUUUGGGAAAGAUGUGUCUCCUUUGCUUGA